UCAGCUUGAGGUUUCCUGCUACGUUACUGAUGUCACAAAGAUGUUUCCAGAACUCAGUCAAGUAUAAAGAGCCAGGGGGGAUACCUCCACAGUUAUUACAUGACACAAUGAUUAUCACACUUAUUAAAAUCUUUAUAUAUAUCCCGCUAGGAUUGGCUCUACAUGUGUCUCAGCCAUAUCGUGUGGUGGGGAAAGAGGGAGAAGUCCCUCUCCGCUGCUCCUUCAGUUCAAAGUUAAAGCCUGAGGAAAUGCAGGUGUCUCUUUACAAAGGUUUGCACGGCCGUGAGAGGAUCUGCAGCUCUUAUGUCAACCUCUCCGAGCCCUACUUCACAUCAGAUGGCACAGUUAAUUGCAGAGGGAGUAUUAGCUCUGGAAGAGUGGACAUGAUGAUCGCUGGACUGCGAGGGAACGACACAGACAUCUAUCGCUGUGAGAUCGAGAUCCUCUUCCCUCCUCCGUAUCUCAGAACGCUUGGGAACGGCACUAUUGUUUACAUUCAAGAAACUCCAAACUGCCCCACUGCAUCCACCCAGAGCCAGAUUCAGAGCCAGAGCCAGACUUCAGAGCGGGAAGCUGUCAAAUAUGAUGUAGGCCCACUUCCUCUGCUAUAUGCCAUCCUAAUCAUCACAUCCUGCAGUUUAAUUCUACAGAUGAUCGCUUGCAAAUGGAGGGCCUCUACAGCCACGGCACCUAUGCUUUCACAAAAAGAGAGCUAUAUGAAAUUCUAAGGGGGUAAUAUCUCCGUUCACAUGUACUAACAUGUAUUCUAACCUGCAUGUACUCACAUGUCAUUUUCUCCUGCAUGUAUUUUCAUGUAAUUUUAACCUGCAUGUAUUGGCAUGUACUCACUCACUGUAAUUUUCAACUACAUGUACUCACAUGAAUUCUCAUUUGCAUGUAUUCACAUGUAUUUACACAACAUUUGACCACUGUCUUUGUUAUUCCAUUUUCUUUAUAUUUUAUUAAAAUGAAAUAAACAUAUUU